ACUGUCGAUUUGUUAAAAAAGUACACCUCUGCUUUCUACGUGUUCUUUAAUCAAGCCAAAGAGCAAGCAAAACCUGGAUUUACAUUUGAGCCAGUAGAUAUAAUCAAAGAAUUAGAUAAUAUUAUCGAGAGUAAUCCUAAAACAGAAUUUGAAUUCAUGGUAUCCCUAAGAAAUACUUAUAAAAAAUUGCGAGAUGCACAUACACAACUUUUUCCUUCUUGCUAUGGUGCUUUUUUAUAUGACCAACAGUUACAUUUAUAUUCCAUCAUAAAGGUUUUUGACGAUUUAAUUGAUCCUACGAAUAUUGAUUGUGAAGUGACUUCUAUCGAUUCUGUCCCCACUUUUGAUGCAAUCAAAAACUUUGCCAAUAAUCAUAGUUUUAUCUCACGUGAUCUUGGCGUUCGUUUAAAUAAUGCAUUAACAUCUAUAUCUCUAAAAGAUGGUAAACCAGCGAAAAUUAGAUGUGAAUUUACUGUUCGAGUAGAUAUUCCUGAAACUGAUAGCAUCACGUACACUUUAAAUUGCCCAAAUGCGAAGGUUAAAAAUGUUACGAGGGAAUGGUUCAUUACAUUUUUAGCAUUUGACGAAGGAAUGAAAUAUUUCUAUAAAGAUGUUUGCUUAAGUAGUGGAAAUGAACGUGCCAAGCACAAAAGAUCCCACGACGUAAAAAAGUUUGAAAAUUUGCCAUACAUUUAUCAUCCCAAAUUAAAAGAUGUAUUAUCUAAAAGAAUAACCAAAUCUUCUGUUACAUUAAUCUUAAGUAAUGGGGAUAAAAUGGAUGUUUCUGAAACUUCUUCCGAAGAGCUCAUAGGAUCCAAAAAAAUUAAAAGAGGCGGUAGUCAAUCUAGUUAUUUCACAAAAUUCAUUCUUGACAAUUUGCCUAAACAAAUUGAAUUACCUUGGGACACUAAAAAUAUGAUUAUUCUUUCAAAUGGAGCUUCUGGCUCCGCCGCUGGCCUGAUUGCUCAACAUCUUCAAGAAGUUGGCCAAACGUUAUCUUUUGCUUCAUUCCCUGGAGGAACAUACCUUGACAGUGAUUUAAUUACUGAAUUUGGCAUAUUUGAUUUACCUGCUUUAAAUUCUCAUUAUGUAUUUUUUGUUAUGACCUUUACUUUCACUGAAACAUAUAGUUUUAAAAAUCCUGAUACAGUGCUAGAAUUCGAUUUUAGACCUGCAGAUCGCAGAUUAUUUUAUGAUUAA